AUGGGUGAACUAACAGCUACAAAUUUAUUUGAAUCACAAACUAUAUUCGCCGAUCACAAGGACCUUAUUCAUGAUGUCGCUUAUGAUUUCUACGGGGAGAGAAUGGCUACUUGUUCAAGUGACCAGUAUGUAAAGGUGUGGGAUUCAGAUGGACAGGGUGGUUGGCGCAUCACGGCCAGUUGGAAGGCCCACCAUGGAUCAGUGUGGAAGGUGACAUGGGCUCACCCUGAGUUUGGUCAGGUCAUCGCAACAUGUUCCUUUGAUAGAACUGCUGCUAUUUGGGAGGAAGUUGGCGACACAGCUGCUUCAGGAUCAGAGAAGGGCCUGCGCACUUGGUUGAAGAGAUCAAAUCUUGUUGAUUCUAGAACUUCUGUCACUGAUGUCAAGUUUGGUCCCAAGCAUUUAGGUUUACUGCUAGUCACUUGUUCUGCAGAUGGUAUCAUAAGAAUAUAUGAGGCACCUGACGUCAUGAACCUUGCACAAUGGACCUUACAGCACGAAAUACCAACCAAAGUGUCAAUUAGCUGUUUGUCAUGGAAUCCUUCCCUAUCCAGAGUGGUGCAUCCUCCCAUGCUGGCGGUAGGAAGUGACGAGCCGAGCACCACGUCGGCGGCUGCUAACGUUCAAACCGACAAGUCAACUGCAUGUAACGGCAAAGUUUUCAUAUAUGAGUAUAGCGAAAGUUCCCGGCGCUGGACCCGAACCGACUGUUUGUCAUCGGUACAGGAGCCCGUCAACGACAUAGCCUUCGCGCCCAACCUCGGCAGGUCGUUUCACCUUCUCGCGGUCGCUACUAAAGAUGUCCGCAUCAUUAAAAUAGAACCUAUUGCCGAGUCGGGCAGCGCGGGCGGGGCCGGGGGGGCGGGCGGGGCGGCGGUGCGGUUCAAGUGCGAGGUGCUGGCCGCCUUCGAGGAGCACUCGGCGUGCGUGUGGCGCGUCGCCUGGAACGUCACCGGCACGCUGCUCGCCUCCUCCGGGGACGACGCCACCGUCCGCCUCUGGAAGAUGCAAUACCUGAACCAAUGGAAGUGUGUGGCCGUGUUUAAGAGCGAGCCGAUGGGGGGCGAGUCUCCCCCCUUGGCGCGAGCACACACCACGUACAUGCGCAUGGCGACGAUGGCCAACCCCUCGCACAUGCCAUUUCACUGA